UGUUAAAGAACUCAUAGGGUUGAAAGAUACUGUUGAGAUUGCAGCACACUAAUUCUAGGGAACAAUAUUCGUUUUUCAAUGAUGAAUUAUCUUGGAUACAGAAAUCUCUCUUGGAUACAGAAAAAGUGUCUUAAAAAGCAAUUUGACGAAGAAACAAGAACAAGAUGACUCAGUUUCUGAUCUUUGAGCCACCCACCAUACAGUGCGUCAGCAAAAUGGAUUUUUGGUCAAAGCUUUAGACAAUUAUAGGAUUAAGGCAAUCAAUAACGUAUCGUCUAUUAUGCACAGCUUAGUUACGACAAGAACAAACGCAAGGGUAUGGAAAUCGUGCUAAUGUAAACAAAACAGCACGAAACGCGCAUUUGAGGACAACAAACGGAGAUUUUGAAACUCGUUGGAUAACAUUUACAACAUGAACGGGGAAGACGUGAGUGAGCGAGUUUAUAAAUAUUCGAUUCGCGUCGAUGCACCAACGGUGACUUUUCUUGUAUUUGGUUACACGAUAGGUGCAGCAGUCAUAAUAGCAAAUGCGUUGGAAAUUCAUAUCAUACGUAAAAAAUGGCAGAAGAUUACAGAUUUUGAAUUGAUCCUUUUCAAUUUGGCCAUAGCUGAUGCUUUUACGGGAGUUUUCUAUCUUUCAUUGGCAGGAAUGGAGACAUACAUAUAUGUACAAAAAAAAAUUAUCAAGGACAAGUUUCUUGUUGCUGUAUAUUUCCAUAUUAUCGUUUCGGUGAUAGUGUCGGUGAAUUUCGUCAUACUCAUAGGGACUGAGCGGUUGUUUGCCAUUAGACUGCCACUACAACACCGCAUGUUUCAUAUGAAACGUAGAAGGGUCUGUGGAGCUGUCGCUUCAAUCUGGAUUAUUACAAUAAUACUUUGUGCUGUUGUCAUAGCAACAGAUCAAAAGCUCACAAACGAAAAGGGACAAAUAGUUUCUUUUGGCUCUCUAUAUCUUGGCUAUGUGUAUGGAGCUGUACUGACUUUCCAGUCUGUUGUUGUUCUAGUUCUUUAUACUGGUGUGGCCGUUAAUGUUUUAAGGCAUCGAUCACGAUUUAUAAAAUUGAACAGAAACACUAUAAAAGCUACCAGGAAAACUGUCACCAAAAGUUGGAAGAAAGAGCGUACUAUUCUUAUUGUAUGUGUUCUUGUUGUGACGUCAUUUCUCAUCUGUACUACCCCAUACGCUAUUCGGAUGUACAGGGGUGAAUCGGCAACCGUGGAGAACUUGCUUCUUUUGUCAAACUCAUUGAUCAAUCCAUUUAUUUACUUCUUUAAAAUGCUGAUAGAGAAACGACACUUUAGGAAAAGAGCCUUAUCAGCCAGAAAGGGAAUAACGGAAACAAUCAAAAUGAGCAGUACAAAGAAAGAGAACAUGGGCCAAGCUAAGGAAAACCCAGUAUUUGAAAACGGAGUGAUUUGAUUUAUAUCACAACUUAAAGUCGCUACUGUUAGCUACUGUAGAACAAGAGUAUGAAUGCUCUAAUGCACUUUAAGUGGUAAAUGCUAUCUUAUCGCACUUUAAUUUUAUCUAUGCUACGAAUGGACCUUUCAAAGACAUAUUUUUUAGUAAAAUCUGAGGGGAAGCCCAAUUGAGGUGAAUCCUAACUAAUUCAAUGUUUGUAAAUAGUUGGGUAACUAAUUCACGAA